AUGAUCCGUCAAGAUUUUGCUCGGAUUGACCCCAAAAGGCGGGCGACAUUCGACCACAAACGAAAGCAAUUUGCGACAGCGAGCUACAAGCCACAGGAAUAUCCUCACCGGCUGAACUUUUAUGAAAUACCGCCUACGGCAGAGAUUACACUCGAGGAAUUCGAGCAGUGGGCCAUUGAUCGUCUGCGAAUCCUUGCGGAACUAGAAGCAUGUUCCUUUCGCAACAAAACCCCCGCCGAGACCGCCGCCCACAUCACCCCUCUGCUACAGAAAUAUCUCCCGCUCUCAUCUAACACAUCCUCCUCGUCUGAGCUCGCAAAUGAGAGAAAGAAAGAUCACUAUUCCCACUUUAUCCUACGCCUCGCUUUCUCCGCUACAGAUGACUUGCGCCGCCGUUUCGCGCGCGUCGAAACUGCAUUAUUCAAGCUACGGUUCCAGAAUGACGAUGCCCGCGAGAGACAAGCAUUUGUUGAGACUCUGAAUUUUGACUGGGAGGUCGUGGGCGAUGACGAAAAGCGUGAACUCGGCGCCGAAUUGCUUCAGUCGACGCCCGGAGUCAGACGCCUGGAAGACGAAAACUGGUUCAAGCUCGACUGGGAGCGCGUCCCGGAGCUGGUGGAAGGCCGACGAGUCCUGUUGAAACGCGGCAAGGCAUAUGUUCCGAUGCGAGAGCAGAUGAGCAUGGUUGUUUCAGAAUUUACUGCCCGUCUUGAGCGGAGUCUAGAGUUGACAAGCCGCGCUCUGCCUCGACUGGACGAGGACGACCGCCUUUCGCCCAUCCUGAGCCACCUGUCGAAAAACUUCACCGCGCCGGACUCCACCUACAGCGACAGCAACGCGCACAUCCCCGGCGCGCCGAUCAACGCCGGAUCCAUCGACACCUUAUCCCAGAGUUUCCCGCUGUGCAUGCGCAACUUACACAUGACGCUGCGGAAGAACGCACACUUGAAGCAUUUCGGGCGACUACAGUACACGCUUUUCCUCAAGGGCAUCGGGCUCUCGCUCGAAGACUGCCUGCUGUUCUGGCGCCAGUCCUUCCGCAACAUUACAGACGACACCUUCAACAAAGAGUACCGGUACAAUAUCCGCCACUCGUACGGCGAUGUCGGCGGCGACGCGAACCGUCGAGGACGCGGCUACAGUCCGUAUUCCUGCCAGAAGAUCCUCACGGAACAUCCGCCCGGGCCCGGGGAAGCACAUGGGUGCCCCUAUCGUCAUUUCAGCACGGAUAAUCUCACGGCCCUCUUGCAGGCCACGGGCGUCUCGGACCGCGAUGUCCUCCGCGGCGUCCGCGAAGAUGUGGAGAAGAAACGGUUCCACAUGGCGUGUAAUCGUGUCUUUGAGUAUGCGCAUAAGGGGGAAAUCAAAAAGGUCAAAGAUGACGGCACGUGGGGCGCAGCAGAGCUCGAUACGAUUGUGCAUCCGAAUACAUAUUUCAAACGGAGUUAUAUGCUGAAACAUCUGGGCGCGGUGAAGCAGGAGGAAGCAGAAUCGUGA